ACACAAGGCUGCUGAUCUGAGAAAAUCAUAUUUCCAGAAUGAACAGAAAGGAAGGAGAGAGAUAGCGGGGAAAGGUCAAGAUGUGGGGAAGGUGGGAGCUGACCUCCACGACAAAACAGCCGGAAAGAGAGAGGCUGUGAAGAUAUGUAUCCCUACUAAACACAAAAUGGUGGAGGCAACCAGAAACAAAGGUAGAUCAUGCUAGAAGGGGAAGGUUGAAGAGGUCACUUCUCGUGGGAAGGAGGGAACGAGUAGGAAGGGUGCAAUAAAAAUGACAGAGGCUGUUGCGAGUGAGACAAAGAAGAAUGGGGCUAGUCAGCCACUCGUUCCAGAGGGAGAAGAGGUAGCGGACACAGGGGUGGGAGAGAAGACUCCUAUCAAGGGAGUGUUUCAGAUUGUGGCACCCGACGUGGAAGACCUCGAUGAUAGGAAAAUGGCUCCAGAACUGGUGGAAAACUUGCCCGACUAUCCGACACCGAUGAAAAAAUUAUGCUUGGAGGACCCAGCUGAGAGCCUGAGACGAUUAUUGGGGAACAAACAGAUGUUGUGGAGGAAGCUAGUCGAUAAUGGCCCCAAGGUGCCAAAUGAGACUGUUGGCAUGGAAUGUGCGUGGGAAUGGGGCCAUCCCUCACAUUCCAAUCUAUUUUAGGUGUAGUUCGUGUCAAUAAUCCUGAUGUAGUUUUCUUUUCGGAAACUCGAUCGCGUCGUAAAGUUGUAUCUCGCAGGUUUAGUAGUAUCGUGGUCCCCUGAGAGCGGUGUCUCGGUGUUAUUUAGUUGUUCGUUUUUAUUUCAGUGAGUUUGGUUGUUAAUGAAAUAAAUUUGGUGGUGGUUUUUGUUUACUUGAGUUGUCGAUCUAGUGAGCGUGUGAUGCAAUUUGAUAGUAUACAUAAUUAUUGUACGGGAUUACAGGUACCAUAUGUGAUGGUUGGUGAUUUUGAUUUUAACGGGAUUCUCUCGUCCGAUGAAAAAAUAGGGGGAAAUCCAUGGAAGCGGGGGUAGUCCCAAGAUUUCCGAUCCUUCGUCGAUGGAAUUGGGAAUUCAUGACCUAGGCUUUCGGAUAAAUUGACACGCUACGACACAACACCAAACUGCGACCAAGUGUAAUCGCAGUCCGGAAAUGCAGAAUAGUGGCAAGUUCUAAUUAUCAACCCGGGGUCUAGAUCUAUUGCCUACUCCGUGAUUAUCUAUUAUCUAGCAAACUAAGUCGAUUGAUUGUUGUUUUAACUAAAAGCAGUAAGAAAGCAGGAAUUGGUUCGGUUUUCUGAAGCAAAGGAAGAGUCACUCGGGAAUGAGUCCCCUUAGCUCCUUAGUUAGGUCUUAGUUGUAAUUACCCUGGGUUGAUUUACUGUUGAUUAAACUGCGGAAGAUCCGACAGUAGCUUGGAAUCUCUUAAACUGACCAAGCCCUCUCAGUCUAACUACCCGGCAGGCGACUAGUCUUCACCGGGAUAGAAAGUUGAAGCAAUAAGCACAGAACUCCACUACUGGAAUUGGAUUCCAGUACAAAGCAGUAGACUGACUAACUCUCGUAUAACCAAUCUACUACUACCGAAUGAUGAAGCUCUAACAACCUAAUCAGAUUCUAUCUAUCUCAGGUUGCAGCAGAAAUCAAGAAAAGCCGAUCAGACUUCAAUCGAUUCAAUGAAUCAUGCAUCAUUCGAUUAAAACCAAACAAUAUAGCAAUCCCAAGUCAUUACAAUCAUGAUCCCUAACACAUGGAACUAGGGUUCUUCAUACCCAAGUGAGAGAAGGGCCUACUCCAUAGAGAGAGAGAGAGAGAAAAACAGAAUACAAAGCAGUCAUACUCAUAACAAUGGGAAGAAUCUGCUCUGGGAUGAUGAUUUUCACUCCUAUGAUGAUCUCCAAGCUCGAUUUGAUGAAACCCAGCUCCAAGAUCGCUACCCAGCUCCAAGAUCGCUUCUAGGGUGUGUUCUUCGCACUUUCUCUCUCUAGGGCUCUGUUUUUGCUCUGAAAAGUCGAUUCCCUCACUUGGGGCUCGAAAUUGGGUUAAAACCAGAAUUCCCGACUCACACGGGCAGGCCACACGGCCGUGUGGCUUACCCAGCUGCCCGCGUGAGUGUCAAAACGCGGAGUUUAGAUUAAGUGGACUUCAGGCUACCUACACGUCCAGGGACACACGGCCGUGUGGAAUCUCCAGUAUGCCCGUGUGAAGCCUCGGCAAAUCCCACACGGCCACAUGGGUUUUUUACACGGCCGUGUGGGUUUUAGGAGUGCCCGUGUGGCUUCCUCAGCGUCUCGCCACACGUCCGAUCUUCGUCCAAUCGACCCCGAACUCGCUCCCAAACCUUCAUUCACGUACUAGGACCUGAAAUAUCACAAACAAGCACAACCUAGCGUGAAAUCAGCCUAAACACGAGAAUCAACAUCUCAAACUGCUCAAUAAUAGGGGUAAAAACAUGUGCAAUUAACGGUCUAUCAGUAA